CAUCAGCUGGAUGGCUAUUUGUACUUCAAAACAAACAAAAAACACGUCAAAACGGAAUUGGUAAAAAUAGUGACGGAAUCUUGUGAGAAAAACUUAAGGGUUUAAAUCCAAAUUUCAUUUAGGCACGAAUAAGUCAGGUCUAAUCCAGUAAUCUUAAAAUAUGUUUUCGCGUAAAAAAUCGGAACCAGUUAAGCGAAGAAAUCAUGAUUUAUCACAGUUUGGCCUAACGGAAAUUCCAGAUGAUUUUGAUCCAUCCGGCGGUAAUGGUGAUGAUGUUUAUAAUGAUAGUGACUUGGAAGCUGAACUAGCAGCUAUUGCUGGCGGAGGAGGUAAGAGACCCGUUCGAAAUUUUCAGUCUAAGAGGCAAGUGAACACGGAUCUUGACAAAAUGGUCGCGGACAGUCUGAAAGAUAUUGGGAGUGAAGACGAAGAUGAUGCAGAUUUGGAAAAUGACACAGAUCUUUUAGGUGAACUGCACAAUAUAGUAGGGAUUGAAGGAAACGGCGAUGAGAGUGUUGAUGCUGAAGCAGUAGAUCAGCCAAGUGAUGGUUCAAUCGUUACGCAGAAAGAGGAACAGCCAACAAUCUUGGCUACCACAAGUGUAGAUACCAUAAGCCUUAUUCAACAGCGUAUAGAAAUGUACAAAUUGGCCGAAGUCAACGCCAAGACAGCAGGUGAAAAUGCAAAAGCACGCAGAUUUGGGCGGGGUCUAAAAACUUUGUUGGAGCUGCAGAAACAGGCAAAAUCGGGAAAGGAAGUAAACGAGAAUGAUAUCCCGCCAGAAGUUAGUGUGAAGCCUCAAGCCGAACAGGUGGAGGACCAAAUACCCAAUGUUCCUUCACGUUUAGCUCCGCCACCACCAAAGUUGACCUCGCCUACUCAUGAAACAACUUCAUUAUCGCCUACAGAUGAAACAACUUCACCCAUAAACUCAGAAUCAUCGAAGCCGACGAGUUCGGUCUUAUUGCAAAUGCAGGAACUUCAACGUCAAUACAAAGCAGCAGCGCUGCAGGCAAAACGCAAUGGUGAAACCAGUACCGCAAUACAAUUCCUUAAAGUAGUAAAACAGUUUGACUUGGUCAUACAAAUGGUGGAGAAGGGCGAGGAGGUCGAUUUGAGUGAUAUGCCUCCAACUCCUGAUAAAUUUAUGGAUUUCUUGUCUAAACUUCAAGGAAAUGCAGAAGAAGCAGAUAAAGGUGCCGCUGCAGAACCUGCGCCAAUUGAAACCCCGGAAUCUGUUCCUAUUCAGGAGGACGCAAGCGCGCCGCUUUCCAUGCUAGAAGCACUUGAGCAACGACUAGAGAAGUACAAAUCAGUGGAAGAAUCGGCUAAGACAGAAGGCAAUUCCAGCAAAGCCCGUCGAUUUGCUCGCAUCGUGAAACAGUACCAAGAUGCUAUUAAACAAUAUAAAGUUGGACGACCAGUGCCUUACGAUGAAUUACCUGUCCCACCAGGUUUUGACCCACUACCAAUUAUGAAUACGACACCCGUAAAUCCUUCGGCUCCAAAAACUACACCAAUACCCAAACGUUCGGAUCCACCGACAAAUGAAAGCAUUUCAAGCCAAGGUUCCUCGGAGAGUACGCCAGUGCCAAUAUCAUCUCAAUCGUCACCACAAAAAACUGAUUUAACUACGCGCACAUCAGGAAAUCAGCAAAAGAACAAUUUAGCCGAGCAACAGAUGAAAAUUCUUAUUGAUCGGCAAAAGGAAUUUAAAGUUGCUGCAAUUGAAGCAAAGAAAGCUGGAGAAAUCGACCAGGCAAAGGAAUACCUUAAAAUAUAUAAAGGAUUUGAUGCAUUAUUAAAUGCAGCUAGUAGCGGAUUGCCGGUGGAUCUUAGUACGUUGCCUUUACCACCGUCUCAACGCGACAAUUUGGAAGCAUCUUUUGCCAUUGUGACAACAGAAGAAUGCGAUCCCGAUGAUGACAUAUCCGAUAUUGGAGUACGGGUUGAAGAACAAUUAGCCAAACAAUUAAUGAUGUGCAAAAAUACAAGAGAUCAUCACAAAGCCAUGGGUGAUGUAGCUGGCAUGAAUCGUUUUGAAAACUUGGCUUUGACAGUGCAGAAAGAUUUGGACUUAGUGCGUUAUUCGAAGCGUAAAAACUUAUCUCUGCCCAAAUUUCAUUAUGAAAAACGAAGCUUCAAUAUUGUGCAUUGUAACACAGAACUCACCGAUAACGAAUUGGAAAUAGUUAUUGUACGUGGUCUUAACUAUAAUGUGCCUAACCCGAAAGAUGUAGAUACGUACGUGAAGUUAGAAUUUCCACUUCUAAAUGAUGAAACAUUUAAAGCAAAAACUUCGGUAAUAAAGAAUACAGAGAGUCCAGACUAUGAUCAACAAUUCCGGGUAGAGAUACAACGAGGGAAUCGACAGUUCCAACGCAUUUUUAAAAGGCAUGGUGUAAAGUUUGAAGUGCUAUCGCGUGGUUGCAGUUUAGACUAUUGUGGACUAAGUCGUAUACUGCCUACGUGUUGUUUCAGUGGAUUCCUGCGCUCGGACACACUCAUCGGCACGGUUAAUGUGAAAUUACAGCCACUGGAGACGAAGUGUGAUAUACACGAUACAUUCAACCUGAUGGAUGGGCGUAAAGCAGUUGGUGGCAAAUUAGAAAUUAAAUUGCGAGUUCGUAACCCCCUUUUCACUAAACAAGUGGAACAUGUUGAAGAAAAGUGGCUCGUACUGGAUGCUUAGGGUUUCGAUGCACAUUAAUCCUAAAGUUAAAUAAUUGAUUGUAUUAAAACUAGUUUUAGGUAAAUUGAUUACAGCCAGAUUCUAUUGCAUGCAUUUUUAUUCAAUAAUCUAUUGAAUACCGAUUGAAAAACCGAAUCAAUAUUUAAAAAUCAAACAAAGAGUGGAACUUAAUGAUUGCUUUGUGGUACGAAAUUAAAAAAUAAAACAUAAAAUUCUUCAUGUA